AUGGACAUCCUUUCGCUUUCACCCAAUGCGACGCUGGACUUCGCUGGACCGUUCGCGCAAGCAAGCAAGCCCACCGUUCAACUUACGGUAACCAAUUCGACUGGGAGCACCCUUCAUUUUCGAAUCAAGACCACUGCACCAAAGCUGUAUGCGGCGAGGCCAGGAGUCGGGAAAAUCAGGAAAUUGGAAAGCGUUGUGGUGUACAUCACUUUACACGGACUCACCGAAGAACCCCCAGCGUCCUUCAAGUGUAAAGAUAAAUUUCUGAUCCAAGCAUUUACUGUGACCUCCGAUCAGGAUCGCAUGGAUGGAAAGGAGCUCUGGGAUCUUGCAUACAAAGAUGCCUCAGAUAUACAUGUGCACCAACGGAAGCUUCGAGUGGUGUAUCUACCACCAGGUGAGGCGCCUGCACAGGCAGAAGGAGGAGAGGGUGUGGAGAAGGCGCCGUCAAUUCAUGUCGAAAGGCCGCAGGAAGACGACAACGAAAAUCUCACUGUCGAUCGUUUGUUAAUUGACGCCGCAUACAGAGCCCAGCGGGAUUCCGUUGGGCAAGAGGCCACCCAUCUCGAUGAUCCCUCGACGGAUGCGCAGCGUGAGGAGGAGACUCAAUCCCAUGAAGCACCCCCUGCACCCUCGUUGGUUCAGGUGGGUCACGAGAUUAGUGUGGCGCACACCGAACUUGGGCUUGCCGAGUCCCGAUCAUCAUCCGAAUCCAAUCAAGACACAAGCCCCCCAAGAGUUCAAGAAGUGGAAGCGGUGACAGAGUCAACGGUCCAGCGCAAACGAAGCCUGGAUGUUACCAACGAGACGACUGCCUCGAAAAGCCUCAAGCUAGACGAGCUUGUGGCGCUCGAGGAGAAGACCAUAACUAUCACAGAGGUCGUCGUUCCCAAAGAUCUGGCGAGCCCAGUUCCUAUUUAUGAGCAAGGCAUUCCUGUCUGGAUUGUUUGCAUCUUGGUCUCUACGACCUUCGUUUUUACCUACAUUUUCAUGUAA